GGCUCCAGCCUAGUCAGCAGGUCCCACCAGUUGCAUGUAUAUGGAGCUGACACUUUCCUAGAGACACUCUCUUCCCUCCUCCUUUCCUCUGUCCUGCUCUCCUCUUUCUCUUUACCCCUCCUCCAGCACACCUUUGUGUUGUUUUCCUUGCCCCUCUUCCUCUCCCCUCCCUCUUCAGCCUCACUAGUUUUCCCUCUGCUCUGUCCGAUGUGCUCAGACUGUGGUUAGUGUGUGAAGUGAAGGCGUGCGGCGUGAGAUGCUGCUGAUGCUACAGCUGUUUGGGCUCCAUGUCUCCUUCAGGGCCCGCUGAGAAAGACAACACUGCAAGUGAGCCGGGGAACUUCAACCCAACACUCUGAGGAAGCUACAACUAUCACUUUUUACAACUUUUUCCUCAACAGCCAGUUCAAGACUGUGGGAUAAGUUGUGCUUUUAAAAAGUCUCAAAGAAGAAACAUGGAGAAAACAAUGAGGACCAAGUUGUGUCAUCUGGUUGCAAAGCUCUUUCUCUUAGGAGUGUGGCUAUCUGUGGCGGACAGUAAAGGAACUUUCUAUGGAGGCCAUGUCAGUCCUUUCUAUGGGAACAGGUUCAACCUGUACAAGGCUGGACUCAACCCUCACCAUUCCCCAAACAAGCCCAUGACCCGUCACAAAAACCACUGUGCCUUCGUGGUCCAGAAGAACAUCACAUGCAUCAUGCAGGAUGGAGUGUCCACCUACGUGAAGGCCGAGUACACCACCAAGUGCAUCUGGGGUCAGAAGUGUUCUGUUGUCAUGUACAGGACAUUCUACAAGCCAACGUACAAGGUGGGUUAUAAAACAGUGAGUGAGCUGGAGUGGAGAUGUUGUCCCGGCUACUCAGGAAACUGCUAUGAUGGACCCACGUCGUUGCCUGACGUCAUGAUGCCACCUUUUAAGGGUGGGGGUUUGCCCCACCGGCCAGGAACGAAAGGCUUCCCCCACGGCCCUAGACCCCCUGUGGACCACAGGCCUGGAGGAGGCCAGCUGGAGCCUGGUAGACCCUUCCCCGUUGUGCCUGACCUCAGACCAAUACCCUCAGGACACCUUCCUACUGGUAAUGGAAGACCAAACUAUGGAAACAGAUUUGGGAUUUCAGGAGUGACUGGUGAACGUUUGGACCGCAUGGAGCAGGAUCUGCGGCGCCUCACACAGGGUCUGGACACUCUCAACGGGGUGGUGGUCGGCCUUGAGGAGCGCCUGCGCACAUCUCUUCGGGAAGAUACAAACAAAGUGUUGCUGUCCCUGCUACCAAACACUCCCCGGCUGCCUGACUCUACAGUGGGAUUUGGGGUGAUCCCAGAUGGGACUCCUGAUGGACUUGAAGAAGAAAGCUUCAAUGGAUUUGGAGACUUGGCAGGGAGGGUGACGGAAGUGAAGGAUGAGCUGCGAGCCAAAACUCACAUUUUAGAGGAGAUUCAGGGGAUGGUCCUCGGUCAUGAUGGCCAGCUGAAGAGGCUGUUAGGCGGAGUUGGAGGCAGGGCACUCUCUGGCUCCUCUUUUAAUGUGGAACAGAUCCUGGACGCCAAGCUGGCUGGCGUACGAGCUGAGAUCCUUGAUGGAUUUGAGCGCCGUCUGACCAGCCUGGACCACUGUGACGAGAGGAUUGGGGCGGUGAAGAACCAGUGCCAUAGGGAGCACAUGGACGGCCAGGAGCAGAUGCAGCAGUCUCUAGAUGGACGAGAGACCGGGAAGGAGGAGUUGGGAACUUUGCAGGCUCAGAUCCAGGGCCUCACUCUCACUGAGAGCUGCUGUGGACAGGUAAACAGUUUGUCCCCAGCGGUGUGCUGGCUGCUGGAGGAGUCUGUGAAAGUGACAGAAUCUCAGAGACAGCUCCAGACUGCUCUCACUGACCAGAGCAUUCAUGUGGAGACACUGAUCGAGACCCGUCUGCUGGACAUAGAGGUACGCCUUAAUUCUACAGAGGGUGGAUUUGAUGGUGGGCUGCCCGGUGGUCUGGACGGCUUCAAGAGCAUAUUGGAGGACAAGCUGAAGACCCUGGAGGAGAGAGUGUUUGUAGCCGUGGAGGAGCUGAGUAAUGCCACUGCUCCGGCCCUCCUGGAGGGUCACGUGGUCCCAGCACUGGAGACGGAGAUCGAGUCUGUGAGGAGGAGAGUGGAGGGAGACCUGGAUGGCAUUCAGAAACAAUUAAUAGAUCUGGAACUUCUCUGCACCUCCUCUUGUGCGCCCUCCAACCAGCCAGCAGGGGGUGUCAGUGUCACUGAAGUAGAGGAGGCGUGUGAAGGGAUGGAGAAGAAGAUGACUGACCGCCUUGACCAUUCCAACCAGCUAGACCGCCUUAACAGAACCCUGCAGAACAUGCUCUUCCACAUCGCACAGGCGGAAUCAGAGGGCAACGUCCAUGGAGAGAUCACCCUGCUGAAGGUCAACAUCAACUCUGUGAACCGCACUCUGAAGGGCCUGAAGGACUCUAUCAGAUUCAUUGCAAGUGAAGUGGGCAGCGCGAACGCCUCCUGGGAGCAGAGAGAGCACCAGAUAGUCAAUCAGGUGCAAGGAAUCACCAGACUGGUGGGCCACCAAGCCUCACUCCUGGGGUCCGGAGAGAGGAGGUUGGCCCAGCUGAAGGAAGAGUUGGUUUCCCUAAAGAGACGGCUGUCUGGGGAGCUGCAGGGCUGCCGGAGCACAGCCAUAGAAGUGCAGAAGGAGGUGAAGGACGUUGACAGCAGGGUGAGCCAGGUGGAGGGGCAGUGCAGCAGCCUGAGUGAGCUGGCAGAGCACCUGGAGAGGAUCAGGGCAGAGCUCGAGAGACACUCAGACUCCUAUCUGUCCGAGGUGAAUGGCACCCUGGCCCGCCAUUCAGAACAGCUAGCUGAAUUGAAAGGGGAGGUCAAAGACUGCAAAAGUAGACAGCCCAACCAAAAAGGAGACCAGUAGCAAUCUGAGCUACAGAAUAUUUUCAAAAAGAGACUUGUGUGCGAUCGAGUGACUUCCUCUGUUUCCUCUCCUCGUUCUUUUAAAUCCCAUCUGCACAGAUCGCAAAUGAACUGAACCGGGGAAAAAUCCUUUCCCAAAAGUUUCCCCCCCACCCCCUCCCGAGGUUCUGGGUGUUUAGUUUAACGAAGUGAGGAGAGGAAGUCACACAAUACAAAGACACACUUAUGGUUGUAUAGCUGUUGGGCAAUAUGUUCCCUUGAGAUUUUAUUCUAUAGGGCAUUUGAUUGUUUUUCUCUAAUCAUGAUUGUUUUGUUUUACAUUCUAUCUUUUUUAACUUAUAUAAAGUGACUGCAUUGUUCUAAUGUCAAACUGUUUGUAUUAGAGAAAUGGUCAAACAAAGUGGAUGAAAUGGACUAAUACGCUGCUACGGGUUUCUACUGACAAGCCCACUUGACCCCCUGUGCGGACACUUGUUUUGGUCUUUUUGUUUCAUACUGUAUGUCCAUUUGGUGCUAUUUACGUUUUGUAAACUUCCCUGUUACACAUUUUAAAAUGAUAUGCAUUUCUGCUUUGACAGUUGUGUUUGUAUAUGCCGCAGUGCUUCAAGUUGCAUGGAAAUUCCAAAACUCACCUUUAGGGGACAGUGACAACACAUUACAUGGCAUGGUAAAGAUUACAAUAAAUACAAAUUUAAAACACU